UGGUGUGCUAAGAAUUGUAGUUUCAGUUUCUCUUCUAGAUUCUAGAUCUAGCUGGACUAUUUGGAAUGUACAUAGUCUAACAUUAUAUUGCAAUACUAUAUGCAGCAAAGACUUCUAAAUAUAGAUCUAUUAAACCAAAAGUAGUGAAAGAAGUUCCAAGAAUUUUCUUAUGCAUUUGUUUUGUGAUUUUUCUUUGGUUUGGGACUAACUUAACUUUAAUAACUUUGCUACAGCAGUCUACUAAGGACAGUUCCAAACAAAAGGUUGUUCAAACUCUUCAGUUUGAACUUGUAAGUCUCAUUUGAAAAUGGAAGAGAUAAAAAAAGAAAUCCGAUCAAUCCUGAUCAGUGCAAAACAUGGUGUUUCUGAACAUGAUAUCUUAAAAGAUUACGACAUGCUGUUAUGUAAGCCUCUACCUUUCAGACAGCUGGGGUUUCCUAAUGCUGUUUCACUGCUCAGAGCUAUGCCUGAUGUCAUGAGGGAGGUCAGGGGAUCCAAUGGAGAAAUAACAUUCCAUGCAGUAUCUGACGCGUCCACAGCCCACAUCCAAAAACUUGUGAGCAAUCAGAAUUCAAAAAAAAAGAAAUCCAGAGGAAGGGGGGGCUACUCCUUUAGAGGGAGAACAUCUUAUGGAAGGAGCUAUGCAACUAAACCGGCGAAACCUCUGUACCCAUAUAGAGGACGAGGAGGGAGAAGAAUCCCUUACAGCUUUACUAUCCCUGGGAGAAGUGGGGAUGCCAGAAAACACUUCGACUCACCUCAUCAUUCUCACCACACAUUGAACACUCACACAGGAAUGUACACACACAACGCCUCUCACACACACACUGCCUUUCACACACAUGCUAGCGCUCACACACACAGUGGUAGCCACACACAUGCUGGUGCACAUUCACACGUUGGUACACAUUCACACGUUGGUACACAUUCACACGCUGGUACACAUUCACACGUUGGUACACACAGAGGACUACACACUAACUCAACCUAUGACCCAGCAUGUGGUGAAGAUAGACUGACGGACUUCCCAAAAAGUAAACAAGAACCUAGAAGUGUCAGCUUGAUCAACAGUGAUGAUGAUUCAGGUUCCAGACCUUUAUCCAGUCCAAUGCUAAAUUUAAAAAUUGAUGUCAGUGCAAGUGGUGACCGCCACAUCUCUGCAAACAACACAGAAAUAACUUCUCCCAAGCCUGAUCUCAGAACAGUAUUGAAUGAGAAACAUAACCAGAAGAGAAAUGACAAAAUAGACCUGAGGGACUACCUCAAUGAAAAACGCAGCAAACAGAGUCAGAGUGAAGUUAAAUCAUUUAUUAAAAGUAGUUUGCCACCCAGGUUUCAGAGGAAGCAACAGAAAGAAAAUGUUGUCCAACCAGAAGACAAAAAACUGGCAGAUAUGCAGAUGAAAGUAGCUGAAAGGAUCCCAGGGUACACUGAAGAAACUGUCCUACACACAAUUGAACAAAACUGGCAGCCCCCAAAAGAUGGGGCGCUGUAUCUGCAGACUUACAAUGCCUACUUUGAGAGCAGAGGUGAAAGGGUGCCUGAUAUAGAUAUUGUACCAGGGAAAUACAAUAAGGAGAAAGGUUUUUAUGGUCGGCUCCGCUACAAAGAAAAAAUGUAUUACCCCUUAGAAAUAUUGAGGACUGAACAAGAGGCUCGAUUCAGUGCAGCUAGGCUCUUUUGUGUCCAGAACAAUAUACCAUUGCUGUCGGAGGAGAGGAAAACAACAGCUCCCACCCCUUCUGUACAGGUGACCAGCAGCCAGCUCUACACCCCUCUCAAACCACAACCCAACCUGACUACCCCGCAACCCAGUCCAGCUGUACCAAGCAACCCGUCAACCCCACAACCUCACCACACUGCACCAUCCAACCCAUCAACCCCUUUGUCCAGCCACGCUACACCAGCCACCACACAGAACUAUGCACAGUGUCCCAUGGAGACAAUAGAGAAACUCUACAAGAUGAUGCCAGAAGCAGGUCUGUUUGUCAAGAUGGUUAAAUCCUUGUACGAGGACAAGUACCAUGAGCCUUUAGAGUGUGAUCCUCUUCUGGUUUUCACAAAUUGGAACAAUUAUUUUACUGUGGAUGCUGCAAUACAGAACCGCUACAUCGUGUACCCAGUCAAAAAUGCUUUCAGUAAUCAGGCUCAGUCUCCUUCACUUCAGCUGGAGGGAAAAGCUAAAACACAAUGUAUAGUUCAUCAUAUGCCUGCUGUUGGGUCUUCCCUUGAAGUGAUUUUUAGCUUUGCCUAUUCAGCUGUUGAAAUCUACCUGCGCAAGUCUCAGAUAGAGAACUUAGUUUAUGAAAUUGAAGAAAGUCUAAAUAGUUUCUGUCCAACGACACAACCACCAGCUUUAUCAACUCUGACAGCUGGUUCUCUUGUGGCAGCAUUCUAUGGGGAGGGCUGGUACAGGGCUAGUGUCAAGGUCACAGGACCACAGGACCAGGUUACUGUCUACUUUGUGGACUAUGGCAACAGUGAAACCGUUGAGCUGAAAGACCUGAGACCUCUGCCAGACGCUGACCUCCCUCGUAGUACCCCAGCUCUGGCCUUCAGGUGUGCAUGUAGGAAGACACAGGAUGGUGAGUGGAUUGAAGAUGUGGUUUCAGUGCUAGACAACAUCACACAGCAACAUACUGUUCUUAAAGCUUCCAUCAUAGAUCACAGUGGUGAUUGUUGUGUUAUUGACUUAUUCACACCUGAAGGCUCAUUAGUGAAUUCCAUGUUGAUGAAACCACCAGCUUCAGUGAAAACAAAGAAAGAGACAGACAGUAAACUAACACCCAGUUGUAUAGAUGAGAGCAGUGCUAAGUCAGGCAUCCAGCAGCUAAAUGGUGGCCAAUAUGAGGUACAACAGCCUACCACUUUAGUAGUACAACAGCCAACCACAAUGGUAGCACAACAGCCAACCACAAUGGUAGCACAACAGCCAACCUUGAAAACAGCACAGCAACAACCAACUGCAACAACAGCACAGCAACAACCAACCAUGGCAGCAACGUCUCACCAUAACAGAGGUCCCAGCAUUGACUCAGCCAUAACCACAGUGCCACUAUCUAAAGAAGUGAUAGCGUCUCAGGUGCCGACUUCAACACCUGCCGCAGGAUUAUCACAGCCUACUCCCAUGCAACCCACUGUGACUCCAUCACGACCCUUGGUGACCCCUAUGCAAACCCCUGUAACUCCUACACAAUCUCCAGUGACUCCUACUCAACCCUCAAUGAGCCGUUUGUUUGCAGAGGAUCCACCGCCCCUUGUUUUACCAGAGGAUGAUGAAUUUUCUGUGUAUGUGUGCAAGGUUGUGUCAGAAUGUUCAGUCAUCAUCAGGAUAGUGGAUGAAAACUACUCUGACAAACUUGAUGGGCUGGAGGAGAAGAUUGGCAGGAAGUUUAACCAGUGGCCUCAACCCAAGGAACUGAAGAAGACAAAUAUUUAUGCAGCUGUUUUCAUGCCUGAUGAUGAUGAGGAUUUUGAAGAGGAUGGGGAUGAUGACCCCAAUGAGUAUCAUAGGGUGCGCUUCAUCAAAGAGGAAAAUGGAAAAUGCUUGUGUUACCUACCAGACCACGGUGAUCAUGAAACAAUUGACAAGUCAAAUUUGAGAGAAAUUGAUACAAAGCUCAAUGUUUCACUCCCUUACCAGGCUGUAUUAGCCAAGUUAAGUGGCCUAGAAGAUAUCCCCUUAAAAUACCGCAGCUUUGCCACCAAGAUCUUGAUCAAGAUGCUCAUCACAGACUCCAUGCCUUUCUACGCUCUCAGGUCUCAGAAGGGCCCGGAGGAGCAACUAAAUAUUGAUGCACUUUUGAUCAAUCGCGUUAGAAAAAUCAUCAGCUGCUGUAGUGAAGUGGAUCCCAAGAAAGUGGCACAGGUGUAUGAAGAUAUCUAUAAAGAACAACUCAGUAACACAGAAGACAUUAUCAAACACAUACCUGGCUAUGGAUUCUGGGAUGAUUGUCUGGAGAUUUAUCUGAUUGACACGGAGCAAGAGAACGAGGAAGUGAACAUCAACACGGAGGUCCUAGAAGCCCUGGAGGACCUGGCCAGUGGCAAGGAUGUCAGGGAUGUUCUAGAGGAACUCUUUGGCUCUGAGGCCAGCUCCCUGACUGGCUCGGAGAAGAACCAGCUGAUGAGCAGUGAGUACAGCACCGAUGUGGACGAGGGUGAGCUGAGUGCGACCCUCUCCAGGCUGACCAGUGGCCCAGACACACAGGAACGUCAGGAUAGGGUCCAGAGCUAUGUGACACAGUCAGCCUCUAAAGCCUUGUACACCUGGGGCACAACACCUGUAGGCACACCUGACCCAGCCACACCUGUAGGCACACCUGGGCCAGCCACACCUGUAGGCACACCUGGCCCGUCCACACCCUCCCUGUCUGAUAAGUUUCCUGUCUACUGGAAGUACGAGGUGUUCAAGUCCACACCUGUCUACAUCAUGCAUGUGGAGAGCCCAUCUAACUUUGUGGCAAUCCCAGUGGAAAUGUUUGAGAAACUCAACAAACUGGAAGAAGCCUUGACCAAGACAUUGACCAUUUCUUGUUCUAAGCCAACAGCCCUGUCAGAAACAGAAGUGUAUGCUGUCAAGUGUGGGGACCUCUACAGCAGGGCCCUCUACAUAAAGCCACUUGGGGAAAUGGUUGGUUUCUACAUUUGUUCUGGGGAAAUGGUGAAGGUGUUUUUACCUGACCAUCACCGCUUUGAAGUAGUUGAUGAGGUCUAUGUUCUACCUGAAGAGUUUUAUUCCUUGCCAUUCCUGGCCUACAGGAUGAGACUUGGAGGUGUCAGCCCCCAGGAGAACCUGUGGAGUGAGGAGAGCAAGACGUGGUUUGUGGAGUCUGUGGCCAGGAAGUCCCUGUAUGCCAUCAUCCUAGGUGAGGACAGGACCACCAGCGCUGGCGUGGUGCCCAGCUCUCUGGUGGUGGAGCUGAUAGACACCAGUGGGGAUGACGACGUCAUCGUUGCUGAACACAUGAUACAAGUGGGCAUGGCUGACCUGGAGGCUGUCCGUGGAUAGGGCCGCACCUCCCCCACCCCAGUUGUCUUUCAUUGAUGCCAGUAGCUGCGUUCUGUGAUCCAAGUUGGGCUCAAAGUACUUGUGAUUCUAGUGGAGGGUUACAAAUAUUUCCUUGACAUUUCUCUAUACCAUUUUUAUACCUUAGAGGUGGUAUUUUGUAGUGACAAUAUUUUAUUCUGGAUUUCUUUUUGCAAAACAUAGAGACAAUGGCAGUCAGUUGGCUGCCAGUUGUAGCCUUAUAUUGAUAGUAUUGUGAGGAGGGGUCAAGUGGCACUAACUGCAUCACCUGGCCCUAAGUGUUGGUUAGUCAAGACAUUGGCUACACUUGUCUUGUUUAGGUCUAGUGUGGUGGUUUGAAGAGGAACAUCUCAACACACUUUUAUUGGAUCAGUUAAGCCUAGAACAAAUUUGAGUUUUUUCAUGUUAUACUUUUAAUAUUUCGUUACCUGUACAGUUACACAUUUUUGAUCCCUAAAGAAAUGUGAGUUGAGCUAAAUAGCCAGGGAGCUUAAAGCUCCUUUAGCCAAUCAGCACAAGAUGGUAGCAACAUUGUAGCAUCAACCAGCAUAAAACAGAAGAGCAGGGGAUCCACAUUAGGAUGGAGCCCACAUUAGGAUGGAGCCCACAUUAGGAUGGAGCCCACAUUAGGAUGGAGCCCACAUUAGGAUGGAGCCCACAGUCCAGUGUGGCCCAGUGGUGUGUCCAUGUUUCUCUAAUGUGGCCCCUGAUGAAGCUUCUUGUACUGGUUGAGGCUACCGUGAUGUCAAAUGUUUUUUAACCCUGUGACAAUGUUGAUAGAAAAUGUUACUGCUUUCUUUCUCGUGGAUUAAAGUUUGCUCUAGUUUUA